UUUGUUUUGAAUAUAAAAACUAAACAAAAAAAAAAAUGAAAAAAAACUAUCGCACAUUAUUUGCUUUUGAUUUUCCCCCAUACGAUGUCUUUUCUUAGAAGCUAAUAAGUUAAUUGUUUCUGUUAACAUCUUAAUAAAACAAAAAAAACAAAAAAAAAAAAUGUUGGCGAAGUUUUUGUAGAUAUAUUUUUAGAUUACGUCGAAUUUGAACGAACGAACGAAUUCAACAACGACUUACGAUACAACCACAAACAAACGAACAAAACUGACGGUUAUAUUUACUUUUCUUUUCUUUGCUUUUCACCAUUACUAUAUGCAAAUAUCUUCCUCUUUUCUCCUCUGUUAUGCUAUUAUGUAAAAACCAUUUUGUAACUUCGAUUAAUCGAAAGAAAACGGAAAGAAUUUAAAAAUUUAUACAUUUUCGAAUACUGCUGAUAUCAACUGAACUGAAUAUAGUCUAUUAGAUAUUUUAAGCUUUCGCUAGACGAGUUGAUUCUGCUUUUUAAGAAAAUUUAAUUAUUUUCAUAAAAAAUUCGAACGCAACAAAAAGAAAAACAAGAAAAAUUAUGGCUACCGUUCAACGUAAACUGGUGCAUAAACAAUUCAAUUCUCCGAUUGGCCUAUACUCUGAACAAAAUAUUAAGGACAGUAUGAAUCGUGAACUGAAGGCUUUCGGUGCUCAAGGGAUUGCUGUAGCUGAACAAGUUAGUAAACCACUUGGCAAUUUAGCCAAUUCGGCUGUGUUACGUGCGGUCGAAGAAGAAGAACAAGAAAUGAAAUGCGAAAAUAUAAAAACAUGUCAACGGCGGAGCCGUUCCAAAUAUCGUUACCCACAACAAAAACAACAACAACAACAACAACAACAGCAAAGACCUCUUACGCAGUUACAUCAACAACAAUUAGAACAAAUCAAAACUGAAUACUUGAAGCAACAAAACGACGUCACGAUUGACCGUGAUACUGUGCUGAAGAUAAAUCGCCUCGCAACACGAAGGAAUUUACAUAAACGUGAACACAGUUGGCCACCAACAGCAUCAGGUGAUAGCUAUAGUGAUUAUGGUAACGAAAGUGAUGGCGGCGGUUGCGGUAGUGGAGGCAGUCAUCAUGUUGGUAGUAGAACAAGUGGUGUGGAACAGCAACACGCACAACAGCAUGUACGCAGUUCAUCACAUGACAAUGCGAUACAAUUUGACAAAAGCGUCUGUAGACGGCAUGGUAUCGAUGCGAUACGUGAGAAAUUCAAUAGUCCCACCAGAAUAAUUGAACCAACUAUUGGUGAAUUACGAUUGUUGAGACAGCGACAACAGAAGCCCAAUGACCGGACACAGGCUGUAUGUGCACAAAAACAAACACUAAGAAAAAGUGAUAGAAAUAAAUCAGAAAAUAUGACUGCAACUAAUAUCCGAAAAUCUAAUCCCCACACAACCAGAAAUACCAACUUAAAAAAGACUAAUACGUCAUCACUACAAUCAAUGGAAAAAGAUGACGGAAAGUUGACAUCGCAGAAUGAGAUAAAAGAAAUGGAACACACAACUACUUUACCAAUACAGAAGGGAUUUUCUGCUCCCGAAACAAAAGCAGCCGAUUUGGAUAUCGGCCUAGUAGAACCUAAGCGCCAAUAUUUUGAAGGGUUGGCGUCCUCGAAACGCUGGCAUAGCUUUGAAAAUGUUAGCAUUGCCCCUGGUGAAAUCACUAAACAGGAAAAACUAAUAAAGCGUGUACCCGCUUCGGCUCAUAAACGUCAAUCAUAUUCUUUAGAACGUGGACGCAAUGCAAAAAUCAAUAAACAAUUGCAUUUACCUCCGCAAAAACCACGCGUAACAGUUAGUGAUGGGGAUCAUUUUUCGUCAAAAUUGCAAAGACGUGCUAUACAGCUGGCUACUGAAAUUAAAAUUAGCUAUGACUUAGACGCAGAUGAACACAAUAUUCAAGUGAUGACCAGAAAUGAACCAGAUUCCGGCUUUCUUGACGAUGAGAUGGAAGGUCUGCCGUUACCACCUACACCGGAAGUGAAAACUAAGCACAUAAUACCUACGAACGCUGGGCAAGGUAGCGGAAAUAAUUCAGUUAAAGCCACAUUUCCGGAAUCCACAUUGACAUCCUCUGAAGAUGCGAAGGACACAAUAUCACCCCAAAUUUUUGAUGAUUCUUGUAUAUAUUUGCGAUCUAUCGAUUUGCAAGAUAAUACCUUAGCUUAUAUACCAGCAGCCAUAACAAUUGUACCAUCACCCACCGAAGAAAUUAUGCAGCACUGGAGGGAGCCCAACAAGCUCAAAGCGAACAUUAAGGAUUCUGUUGAAAAUGAAAAUUUAAUGUCACUUGCAGAGCAAAAAUCUGCGAAGGCCACCCCCGAAGCAACUAAACAGCGAAAUGACAAGCUACAGAGUGACAGCAAAGCAGAGGAACCAAAAACGUACGUAACACGUCUGCCAAGCACACCCACCGGUAUACAGCUUACUCGUCAGACAUCUAACAACAAUAAAAGCAAAGGUAAAUCGCAGUUGAACAACAACAACAACAGCAACUGUAAUGACAAUAAGCAAAAUAUGAUAACGACGAUGACUUCCACAUUAGCAAGCAAACCGACAACAAUGAUACCCCAGGAGACUGUAACCGGUACAACACAUUCAUUUCAAACCGAAAUCGAACAACAGCAGCAACAGUUAACUAAAAAGCACAACAUGCAAAAAGACGUUUCCACUCAACAACAGAGCACAGGUGUUUAUUAUACAGAUGGUGACUACCUUUACGGUCCUUUUCGUUCCUCUAGCGCUCCUUCUUUGGCUGACAUAUCCGUACGUCCCUUAUGCGUUGCUAAGGGUGAUGAAGGCUCCCAAAUGGAUUUAAACGUUAUCCAAGAAAAAACCGAUGCGGAAACAAAUCACCAUAAGCAAGAUAAUAAAAAUGAAAUUGCAACGCUGGCAGCCAAAUAUGAGCACAUUCAGCAAUCUAUAACAGAGCAUCUCAAACAAAUUGAUUCAUAUAUUGAAAAUGCUAAAAUUGCUUUGAAAUCUAGCACAAGCCAAGCACUUCAACCCAGAGAUAUUGCUUUAUGGCCUCAUAAAGCAAAUGUUGAUGAUAUAGGAAGAGAAAAGCAGAACAUUGAAAGCCCUUUAAAGGAGGUUUUAAGGAAACUAAGUUAUAUUAUGACUGAAGUUCAGCCCCAUCAUACUUCAUCCCGCAAUGAAGAAGAAUGCAGCUACAUGAAAAAUAUGCCAACUGAAAAUUUGCCUGUUGUUGACCAAGUUUUAAUGGAUCUAGGGAAAUUGGCUACUCAUUUACGUGCAUAUGAGACAACAGAUGAUAUAACUUCUAUAAAAGCAAUUUUGCAACAGUUGCAAGCGAAGCAUUGCCUUACAUCUGCUAAAUCAUCGCACAUGCAUUGUAAUGUCGAACCUCCGCCUGCCACAGCUCAGCAUGCAACCACAACAAACGAAGAAAUAUUGGAUAAAGCAAUCAAAGAAAUGAGCAAUCAAAUGAGAUUAGAUGAUGAAAACUUAACUCAAGGUAAUAACUGUAGAAAAACACAAACGCAAACUCUUAACAAGCACCUUUCAAAUCAGUCGUCAUCCUCAGCACAACACGUGAUAUCUGUUGCGAGGUCGUCAACGCCUGUGCCACCACCGCCACCGCCGCCAUUUCCACUUGCCUCAAAUGUUAUUCAUCUUUAUAAACGCAAGCCAGAAAAUGUCUGUGAUGUUGUUGCCAGUUAUGAGCAAUUAUCUGCUACGGGCAAAAUAAUAACUCCUGACACUCUGGCGCAGCCUAUAGCCAGCUUAACAUCAACAAAUCAACAGCAAAGUCAUCUUCGUGAGUUAGAGCAACAUCAACAACAUCUGCAUCAACAAAGCGAACAUGGCGUAUUACAGUUAACGCCCAAGGAAGACAGGAAAAAUUUAGUUUCUGGCUUUAUAGCUACACGACGUCAUCAACAACAGCUUGUCGACCAGGUAAUCGACACAGUUGAUAAAGCAGCUGCCUUAGAAAAUAUGCCUGCAUCCGAAGUGAACGUGAACGAACACUCAACAACGUCAGCGAUAUCUCCUGAAUCAGUAACCAUAUCAUCAGCAGGUUUCAAUGAAAAGGAUGUGGCAAUAACACAGAAAUGCAUAAUUUCCGAUUCGACUAAUGCUCAAACCUUUCCCAUAGAAAAGAAAGCUAACGAAAGACAUAUCAUUAACGAUUCUGCCAAUGAUAUUAUGAGCGAUGAGCAAUUUCCAAAUGAUAACGACAAACAUUCAUCACAUGCAAUAAAUUACUUGAAAGAUCACGAAAGCAAAUCAAAAACACAGCAAGAGAAUAAAUCCAAAUUAACAUUUCAUCCAAGUCAACCCGGUGCUGAUACUGAUAGCGAUAAACAAGUUGAAACUUAUAAAGUAUCAUACGAGGUACGAAGCCCGUAUGUUACACGUCGCCAAAUCUCAUGGGAAGAUAUUAAAAUGCAACAAGCAAGCAAUACCGCUACAAUUACAGCACACAUUCCUCAUAGUGAUAAUGAAACCCAAAUGACCUCCCCACAUAAAACCAACCCAAAGUAUACCGUACUCAUGCCAGAGAAAAAUAAAAAAAACCCUGAAACAGUAUUUGCCAGUGAGCCGACAGUUUCCACGACAAGUAGUCACGUUAAAAUGCAAUCAACGAUGCCAUUAAAACCGCGCACACAAUCAAAGCAAGAGUGUUCAGAUAUGGUGAUAGCUAAAGAGCAGCAGUCACCAACUCCUCUACGUAAAUACACGGCUACGUUAAUUGAACCGCAUGUCCCAAUGAGAGCAGCACCACCAUACGGUAUGAAUGCUAAUGAAAACUUAAAGGCAAGUAUGAAACGUACGUCAUCUAUUUCGCCUAUGCGCACUGACUCACCUAAAUAUGAUUAUGGAUCAUCCACCGAAAUUAAACGAGAAUCCGUAAGCAAAUCUUCCGCUCCCCUAUAUCAGCCACGUACAUCAAGUAGAGGAACAUCACCUUUUGAUUUAAGCACUGUAAAUAAUGCAGGUACUUCGAUCAGCUCUGUUAGAAGUCACAAAAUUGAUUCAGCAAACGCUACGAAUGAAUCGGCGUCUCCGGUGGACGCCAACUUACCAGAAAGACCAAGAACACCAUCCAAUUUAAAUCUAGAAAAUAUUGAAAAAAAGGAAGAAACGCUAGGUGCACCUGUUUUGAUGUUAAAGAAAACACCACCACAAAAUAAUGAAAAUUAUUAUGGUGGUGACGUAGAGGAUGACAAUAUGAAGCCCUGUUCGCCAAUACGUAAAUAUCCGCAACCGUUGAUAGAACCCCGUAUACCUACAAGAGCAGCUUCGCCAUUUGGUCUAAAUGUAAUAGAGAGUACGCGAAAAGAGCGUACGCCGUCACCAGCACGUGCCAUUGCAAAAAAUUGGCACGACCACGCUGAGAGGACUGACAAUAUUAAAUUGACGUAUGUGCCGCAGGUAGAAGGUCACAAUGUUGGUCUUUUAGUUCGUACCACAAUCGAAACAUCACCGUCAACGCCAGCUGCGCAUUAUAGGAAACAGCAUGAAACGCAAACGGCCGUGACCCUCAUUGAUAAUUCAAAAAAGCUUUAUUCCCAUCACCCUUGUUCAUCUAAUAUAGAAAAGUCCCAUCAAAACAAAACGAAUAUAGAUAUUGACAGAGUUGGCGCUGAUGGCGAUGCUUAUAAUGAUUUGCAGAAUAUCAAUGCGGUUGGCACGUCCAGACGAGGUAAUAAACGCAAUUGCGACAUCAGAGUAACAUUAACAUCGCCAACAUUGCCAUCAAUAACAUAUCAACAUUAUAAACGUGCACUUGAACGUAAAUUAUCAUUAACAUCAGCAACAACUACGCAAGAAAUACCCUCAGAAAUGAAGGAUUCAUUUGCCAACCCCACUGACGCGACUGCAAACACGUGCGAUGGUUCAAAUCGCGAAAUGAUCGCCUCCGCUCAACAGCAACAGCAACAGGAACAUCAGAAACAUCAUGCGUAUGAAUUAGUAUCGCCAUUGCCGACGGUUAUUAAUCGCUCAUUCGAUAAUGUGUCCCCACGACCGUACAUCAGCAUUGAAGGUUACAAACGCGUAGCUUGGCCUCCCGUGUCCGAAGAAAGAAUUGUGCGUGAAUUUACACCUCAACCGCAACCUCAGUAUCAAACAGUUCCAACGAACAAUCAAUACGAACAACAGCAGCAGCAGCAGCAGCAGCAGCAGCAGCAACAGCAACGGCAGCAACAACAACAGCCUCACCAUCAACAACAAUCUUAUCCCAGCACUGCUGUUCCGUCUAUACAGCAACAAUAUCGUGCACCAUCGUAUGACACUCAUCAUCAGCAGGUCCAGAACCCUAUACAGCCCCAAUACUCUCCACUGGCACGAUCAAAUCAACAGCCACCACAAUUUGAACAGCAAUAUCAACAGCCGCCCUGGAUGCAGUCAAAUCAACGGCAAUUUCAACCUAAGCCGCAACCGUAUCAGGCUCCGCAAUAUCAGCCUCCAUUAAAUCAAUAUCAAACAAUAUCAAUUCAAACACAACCGAAUCAAUUUGCAACACAAACCAAUCAAACGUAUAAUUUUAAUUCACAGCCUCAGCAACAACAGCAGACGAUUCCGUCUCACGAUCAGCCCGAUCAUCGGCAUUUGCAGCAGCAGCCGUUACAAUCGCAAGACUAUCGUAGCGGAAGUCCAGGCGUUAUAACUCUACGCAAAGAGGCCCCAAUUUCUCAGACACCGACACCAGUUUACACCUCACAACCGGCCGCUGUUAUCUUGAAAGGAGGCAGCAACAUGCGCGGUGAUUUGAAAUGGCCACCACCGGAAUACAAAGAGGCAGCUGCCCGCGAAAAUGAAGAACGUCGCCAAAUCGCUAUGGGUCCAGCUUGCAGACCGAGAAAGACCAACCGCGACUAUACAGCUUUCUUUGCCAAAAAUGCUUUAUCUCAUCAUUAUCCCAGCUAUAAAGUACCACCAGGCACUCAACACAUAAUGGCUAAAUAGUCUGAAAAUAGAUGACCACGGAAAACGAAGCCUAAUGAAACCCCACGCAACGCAGAGAAUGAAAAAUUAACGAAUUCUUAAAAAUUUUUUAAACAAUCAAACAAAAAUAAACUACACUAACCAUUAUUUAUGUUAACAAUGUUAAACACAGUGACAAAAAUAAAUAAAUAAAUAUAUAUAUAUAUACAUAUAUAUGUAUAUAUGGAUAUAUAU